GCGAGCCGUUGCGGAAAGUAUCAACAACCCAACGAUACAUUUCGUAGGGAAUUUCUUUGUUUUCUUUUUGCGACGAAAGAGUAAUUGAGUUGUCGUCGCUAUGAAGAUCGGAAAGCCCAAAUCCAAGCGCGUACCCGUGCGCCUACGCCACAAGAUCGAAAAGGCCUCCGCCGCGAAGCAGCGCAAGGCGAAGAAGGAGGCGAAGAAGAACCCGGAAUGGCGGUCCAAGGUGAAGAAGGACCCGGGCAUCCCCAACCUCUUCCCGUACAAGGACAGGAUUCUCGCGGAGAUCGAGGAGUCGCGGAGGGUGAAGGAGGAGGAGCAGGCGAAGAGGCGGGAGGCGCAGAGGGCGCAGAGGUUAGCGGCCAGGGAGGAUGGGGGUGCGUUGGAUGAGGAUGAGGAUGUGGAGUUGGGGGAUAUGGAUGGGGAUGAGGAUGAUGAUAUGCAGGUGGACGACUCGAAUCCGAUGGCUGCGCUUGUUGCUUCGGCCCAGGCGCGCGCGGCGGAGUACGAGAAGAAGGAUCAUGGUAUGGAUGACGACGAUGAAGAGGAGGACGAUUUCGAGGUGUUUGACGAGGAGGACGACUACACAACUGCUGCCGCGGUCCGCAAGGACUCGUCAAGACGGGCCUUCGAUAAGGUUUACAAGGAGGUUGUCGAUGCAUCGGAUGUUGUUCUCUAUGUCUUGGAUGCCCGCGACCCCGAGGGCACAAGAUCCAAGGAGGUUGAACAGAUGGUCAUGGCGAGCGAUGGAGGAAACAAGAGGAUGAUCUUCGUCCUGAACAAGAUCGAUCUUGUUCCGCCUACAGUCUUGAAGGCAUGGCUCACCCACUUGCGACGAUCGUUCCCUACAUUACCGCUCCGUGCCUCCAAGCCUGCACCGAAUGCGAAGACUUUCGACCACAAGGAGCUUUCUAUCAAGGGAACCUCGGAAGCGCUUUUCAAAGCCUUGAAGACGUACGCAGAAGCAAAGCAGCUGAAGCGUUCUAUCAAGGUCGGAAUCAUUGGUUAUCCCAAUGUUGGUAAAUCCUCUGUCAUCAAUGCCCUUACUUCUCGAAUGGGAAGGCGAGGUGCAGCAUGCCCUACGGGUGCAGAGGCAGGUGUGACGACCGGCUUGCGCGAGGUCAAGCUUGACAACAAGCUCAAGCUCCUCGAUUCCCCCGGUAUCGUCUUCCCCAGCUCGGCAGAGGACACAAAGGCUUCCAAGAUCGAAGAGAAGGCCAGGCUGAUUCUCCUCAAUGCCAUCCCACCCAAGGAGAUUGACGACCCUGUCCCAGCCGUCACUCUGCUGAUCAAGAGGCUAUCAACCUCUCCCGAGCUAUUCGCCAAGCUCGUCACUGUCUACGACCUUCCCCCUCUACAUACCAUUCAAGGAGACACUACUACCGACUUUUUGGUUCAGGUUGCAAGGAAGCGAGGCCGUCUGGGGAAGGGUGGCGUCCCCAACAUCCACAGUGCGGCACAGACUGUCAUUACCGAUUGGCGAGACGGCAGGAUACAGGGAUGGACCGAUCCACCAAAGCAUGUUGCCCAACCUGCCCAACCUGCUCCACGUAGCUCCACGACAUCCAGUGGCCUCGUAGGUGACCAGAAGGAGAUUGUCCGGGAAUGGGCUGCUGAGUUCAAGCUGGACGGUCUCUGGGGAGACGACGAUGCCGGUGCUGUAGACGCUAUGGAGACGUGAGGACGAACACAUGACAAGUCGCUAUGAGUACCCUUCAAAACUGCAUGGUUUAGGUGUUUAUGGAGAAUUUGAUAGUUGAUACAGUGGGCUAAGAUCCCCAAUACCACUCAUUGGAAAUGAAUUUGAAAUUUUGGAAUACGU